AUGGCAUCGCGAUUCCCUUCAUCUUCCGGGUUCAACUCCCGUGACCGCUCCCCCCAGCGCUUUGGGGAUCGCCGUCCCCAAGGCGCCCGCGGCCUCGACGAUGCCAGUCCUUCGUUCGGCAGAGAACCCCCGCGAGGCCCCCGUGCUCUAGUCGAUUCUCCUCGAGGUGGCCCUUAUGGUGGUGGUGGUGGCGGUGGCCGUGGUCGUGGAUAUGGCCGAGGCGACUUUCGAGACCGGGAUCGCGACCUUCGAGAUCGAGAUCGAGACCGCGACUUUCGAGACAACCGCGAUGGUCCCCCAUUUCGACGGGACAUGGAUCGCGACUGGAAUCGCCGAGACCGAGAUUUUGACCCCAGAGAUAACCGCGGUGGCUUCGGUCGAGGUCGCUCACGAUCCCCCACGCGCGACUUUCGCGACAUGAGAGAACCCCCAGGCCGCGAUUUCGAUUUGGUGCGCAUGCGACGCAAUUCCCGCGACAGUCUCCUUUCAGCUUCAUCCGGCGGUCCUGAUGGCCCACCCACUAUUGUCAACCAUCGUGGUGGAGGCUCGAUGCGUGGACGUGGACGUGGUGAUUGGGAAGGUGGCCGAGGCCGAGGACGCCCUCUUUUCCACGAUGACCGUGAUUUGUUUCGACGACGGAGUCGAUCUCGCGACGCAUGGCGAGAUCGUGCACGGGACAGGAUACCCGACCGUUUACCUGACCGUUUACCUGACCGACUACCGGAUCGCCUACCUGAUCGUUUACCCGACCGUUUACCUGACCGGUUACCUGAACGUUUACCUGACCGCUUGCCUGACCGGAUACCUGAUCGGGUGCCUGAUCGUGAGCGAGAUCGAGAUGGGGACCGAGACCGCCCACCCGUCGUUGCCGACCGUUUACUUGAUCGAGAUCGUGAGCGAGAUAUACGCGACCGAGACCGGGAUAGAGACCGCGAACGUGAUAUCGACCGACGAGAUCGAUUUGAUCGGCGAGAAGAGUGGGACAAUCGCCGCCCUGAACGUGAUGACCGGGAUCGGCCAUUGGAGCCCUGGAAAAGAGGAGACCACCCCCCCCUCACCGAGCAGACAAUCGUGGCUCUGUUGGCCCGGCGUCAUCGAUUGGGCAUCCAAUACCCCCCCGCGGCAUCUCCUGCUGCCCCUGAUCGCCUGUCGGAUCAGCCACCAUUGGACCAGAGCCGCAAAGGAUCGAUCUUGUCAGGCCCGCCUGGCCCUGACUCUCGACGUGAUAGCGAACGCUCAGAACCCCCUUCCCGCCCGGAACCGCCAAAAGAGCCGGCAUCUGUUCCUCAACAUUCACCUCCCCCGUCAGCUCCCCAAGUUCCUGCGUUCGGAUCUGUGUCAGCUCCCAUCCCAACUUUACCAACGGCCAAAGGACUAUCUGAAGGACGUACAGGAAGUGAUGCAUCGGCGCAAGCAGAGAAAGACCGCCUAGACGGACCACCUACUCUCCCGGUGCAACCUCCAACUGGUCCGAAGGCGGAACGGAGAGAGUCAUCUCAGCAAGCAGACCCAAUUCGACCCCAGGAAGAGCCAGCUCGUGCUGCACGGGCAUCUACGCAUCUAUCUGAUCGAUCUCCCCCAACUGCUCCGGCUGCAAUGGCCAAGCGAGAUUCGAUAUCGGGACCAACUGAACCACAUGUCCCCGUUAAGUCAAGUUCAAUAACGUCUUCCCCAACUUUUGCACGACUACCUCCGCCAGGUCCUCGGGCUUCUUCGAAAGAGCCAUCUAUCUCGCCUCGAAUGUCAACAUCAAACAUCCCAACUGCCCCUCGAGCAUACCACCAACGACAAGCUCCUUCGCCACGGGGACCGAACAAGAGCAACAAACCAUGGGUUCGUCGCAGCUUUAGUCGCGGUCCAUCUGUUCCGAACGUACACCCGAAGAAGGAGAGUGAGGAGCGUGAGAGUAUUCUUCCUGCCGAAAAGGAAAAACCCCGUCCAGAAAGACGAACCGAAACGCCGGAACCUGCAGCAACCCAACAGGAUAGCGGCAAACCCCCCGUCACGACCGCCACGGAAACGGUGAAAGCGAUAUCUCCAACUUCACCCUCAAUGAGACUGCCAAUUCGUAGCAGCCCACCGCCCGUGCCGACAGUCGAAGGACUUGGGAGUGAGCCCGAACAACCGGAGAAGGAAAAUCCCGCUGUCAUCCCCGACAACUUUGGGCAAUCGACCGACGAGGAGGAGGAAGAAAACGCCCUCUUCACCCAAGAAUAUUUAGAGGAACGGAAGCGAAUAUUCGAAAAGGACAUGCAAGCUCUUCGAGCGGAAAUGCCACCUUCGCCGUUGGAAGAUCCCACUAUUCUGGCUCUCUUACGCCGCAUCCAGAUCCUCGGAAGGAUUGCACAAGAAGAAGUAUCGGAACAACCCUCUGAACCGCUUCCUUCAGUGGAGGGCGACGAACAAGAACCCACUGCAACGAUCCCCACGCAAAACAACGAGCGAGUUGUCUCAUUUGCCCCCGCCAAAGAACCGUCGCCGGUGCCUCAAACGUUCGUUCCUCCUGUCGUUUCUCACGACGAGAUCACCCUUGAUAGCCUUCCCUUUUUGAACUCGGGACCGCCAACUCCCAUCUCUGAUAUGGAAGUCACCCAUGAAAAUGCUACCCACCUCGACCUCUUCAAAGAUGCUUUCCGCAAUGAGCUUUCCCAACGGAAGAAGCAAAUCGCAAAGAAGAAUGCAGCUUUGCGAGAGGAAUAUAUGUCUUAUUAUAAACCUUGGAGACUGUAUAUAUGGGAGAUGGAUCGCAGAAAGGACAAGAAGCCGAUGACGCCGGCUCCGGCAACACCGCCAGCACCGACUCUUCCUCCCACUCCUGCAGCCAUCCCUGAUGGUCGCGAGGGACGCCGGUACAAGGGCAACAGCGAGCUAGACUUUCUCAACGCGCUCAAGGCCUCGGAAAUAUCCGCACAAGAAGAACUGGAGCGUCGACGCACUAAGGAGGCGACGGCGCGUCCGGAUUUGGCUCGAGAAGCCAUUAUCCCGGACAUGUUUGAACCAUUUGAAGAACAGGCCAGUAUCUAUAAAGAUGUCAAUAACACAAUCGACGUUCAUCAUGCUAUGGAUGUCUUCGGCUUCCUGCCGCCGCCCAAUGAUUUCACCAAGGAGGAGCAUGUCACCUUCACCGAUGCCUUUAUGGCGCAUCCCAAAAGAUGGGGCAAGAUUGCCGAGUCCCUUCCAGGUAGGGAUUAUCGUCAGUGCAUCGUGCACUAUUAUCUCACCAAAGAAGAGAUCAAGUACAAGGCGAAGCUCAACAAACGGUGGAGUCGUCGGGGUCGAGGAAAGACUCGAUCUACUCGACCCAAAUCUAACGCUCUUAUUGCUGAUCUUGGGGUCGUCAAGCCAGAUCUCGAUGGUGAAGAUGAGACCCCCCAGAUUACAGAGACGGGACGACCACGGCGCGCUGCCGCACCUACUUUUGGUGAUUCGAAUGACCCCGAAGGUGUUGCCCCUGCUCGCCGAGGCCAAGCUGGUAAAGAUGGUGAGCCCAUUGAGAAGACCACCACUAGCCGACGUGGUGGACGUGGAGGAGCCCGCACGCAAAGACGCGUAAAGACCGGCCAGCAAGACCCCAAAGCCCAAGGCGCGCCGCCAGGGAUCGUUCCUCUUGCAGCUCUCCCAAGUGCAGAAUUGGGUCCAGAGGUGAUGAUGGAGAUUGCCCCUGGGCUCCCUCAAGAGCGAGAGGUCGUCGACAAAGACAAUAUACCUCCGAACUCUCGCCCGAGACCAGGCCGCGGAAGAGCCAAAGAAGGCAUGUACGUCUUCGAAUCCACUGAAGCCGAGCCGAUCAUGGCGCCCAAGCCAUCGGAGACUGGCUACGGAUCUCUGCAACCGACGAGUUACUGGUCGGUGCCCGAGCAGCGUGACUUUCCGCGACUGCUGGCACAUUUUGGUCGCGAUUUCGAAGGAAUCUCAAAUUUCAUGAAAACCAAGACAACAGUGAUGGUGAAAAACUAUUACCAGCGCCGUUUGGAUUCGGGUCAAAAAGAUUUUGAAGAGUUAAUAGUGGCCGCAGAAGACAAAAAGGCUCGAGGAGAGGAUACCGGUCCCCUUCCCGUGCCCAGCGUAGCACCAAAGCGGCGCUACGAGGCGACCCCAUCUGCCAUCGUUCCUCGUCCACUGGCACCCCACGGCGAGCUCAUGGGCGAGGCAGAUGACUCGCGGUUCCCCAAGGGUAAACCUCUCGCGAUGUCUCCACAGCCAGUAUCACUCCAUGGUCGCCCACUAUCGGAGAAUGAGCGCAGCGCAGGUCGCUAUCCAACACUCGCACAGGCAUCCGCUGCCACUGCUGUGCCACCGGUGGCCGCCACCCUUGACGACGACGCUGCUCGCGCUAUGCGAGCUCAGGCAGGACCGCCAUCUCGUAUGCCGGGCCCACGACUUGGAUAUUUCACCGAGGACCGGAGAGAUUCGACACUAUUGCCGCAUUCAUCUGCACGGGCCCAAGAUAUUUCUCACCAUGGCUCCGGUGCACCCUUACCUGCAGACUUGGCUCGGAUGGACCCUAUGGCCCAGUCCGCCUAUAUCCUGACCCAGCCUGGAUCGCCUACCCAGCUACCCCGACCGGAUCUCGAGACCCCUUCGACGCAUCGCGACCUGUUCGGCCAGAGACAAUUCUAUCCCCUUUCAAGUCAAUCGAUGGGCAUGUCCCACUCCCCCCGACCUGUUUUGUCUCCCGUCAAAGACAUCUCGCGAGCGAGUCUGACGCCCGCUCCCGAGGCUCCUCGUCAUGUGCCAGCGAAGCGGUCCAAUAUCAUGAGCAUUCUCAACGACGAGCCCGAAGAACCUCAGCCUCGAAAACGAUUUGCCAGCGAAGCACCCUCUGCCCCUAUCUCGAGCUCCAUCCCUCCAUCAAGAUCCGCCUACCCACAAACAGGUUCUGCUCGUCCUGAAGAAGUUACCAAGCCGGCUGGCUUUGGGCAGCAUGGCCAAUAUCCCCCUCCAUCGCGCGGCUAUGCUGAAUACUCCAGCUACGGACCUCCUACUGGUGGACCAGCGACGCCGGCAAAUAACGACUGGAUGGCGCGAUUUGACCCUAGGGCACAGCAAGGUGGUCCGCCUGCGCAGACUCAGCCAGCACCGCAGCCAAGUGGUCGCCCGGCUGCUCAAGGUCCCUUUGCGCACUUCGGCUCGGCCUCCGCCCAGGCGCCCGGCUCCUUGAACAGUCUUCCUGCCCCAUCUCCUGCACCGACACCGCCACCUGCUGCCUCCCAGAGACCUGCUUAUCCGAAUGUAUUUGGGCAAGCACCCGUUGGCCAGCCAGGGGCGUCUGGCUCUCGUGAGAUGCCACCUCAACCUUCAACUUACCGAACCGGCUCACCUCCGCCACGAGCGAGCAGUGCCGCUUUCGGUUCGCGGGAAGUCCCGACACCGUCUCAAUCUUCUCCGGGUCUAUUUGGAAUGCCCCCUCGCCAAUCAGGCUCGCAGUCCUCGUACGGCCCGGGUGCAUCUAACUCUUCCGCGACACAGCCACAUAGCCAGAGCUACCAACAACAUGUCCAGACCCUGGUCAAUGGCUCUCAUCGCUCCACCCCAGUUAACAUGCCCGGUGGACCUCCGCAAUAUGGACAUAACACUCCACCACCGCAAGCCCAAGGGGGUAGGUCGAUGUCGUCCCUGGCUACAAUGGGACGUCCUUACUCUCCGUCGUCUGCUCUACACCACUCAGUGAGCGGUAGUGGCAUGGGCUAUGCACCUCCACCCCCAUCCUCGUCGGCAGGGGCUAUGACACCCCUCCACCAACGGCCACCGGGGUCAGGUUCGCUGGGCGAAUCUGUCUCUACACCGAAUCACCACCGGGUCUAUAGCCAGGGCUCGGCACAGGGUGGACUGCCAGGGCCUCUGCACCCAUCGUCGCAACCGCCCCGCUAG